CGUAUCCCUCUCUCGCAAGUUGUAAACAAUGGCCGACGUCGACUUCUCCAAAAUUGCAGAAGACCUCGAAAAACAGGAGCUAGAUGCACCAAAUGGAGUACCACCAGCACAUGUGUAUGAGCAACUUCUAGCUAUUUACUUAUUACAAAAUGACCUAACAGGUGCAAAGUUCUUGUGGAAGCGAAUACCAGCUAGCACUAAAACAGCAACCCCAGAGUUAGGCCUUAUUUGGGCAGUUGGCCAGAAUCUAUGGCAGCGUGAUCUACCAGCAGUGUACACGGCCCUGAAGCAAGAAUGGUCUCCAACUGUAAAGGAUAUUAUGAAAGCUGUUCAUGAUCAUGUCCGCCAAAGAGCACUGGAUUUGGUUGCUCGAGCGUAUACCUCCAUUAGUGCAGAAGAUUUCUCACAGUUAGUGGGCAUGACUGUAGAGGAAGCAAUAAUCGCUGCUAAGGGUCAAGGCUGGGGCUAUGAUGAACCCACGAGAAUGAUUCUUCCUGUCCCAAAAGCCCCCAAGCCUCACACACCCACACCUUCAGAAGAGCAGUUGCGCAGACUUGCCGAUUAUGUUUCAUUUUUGGAAAACUGAAUCUUAAUUAUAUUGCUUUAAGAGUUAUUGUAAUACCAGUUGUAUUUACUUAGAUUAUACAUGUUAAAGAAUGUAAUGUGCCACUGACUGAAAGCUUUGUAAAACAUUUGUCAUAUAAAAGCAUGGAAAUAUUUAUUUAUUCAUUAUCGUUAUUUUUUUAUGUUCAAAAGACUUUCAUAUGUUAUGCACUCAUUUCUUAUUAUUAGAUACUGCAAGGUGGUACUCGGUGAGAACAUGUUCUUUAUUUAUUUAUUUUUACUUUUGUUUCCUGGCUGUAUUAUCUGCCUUCAUUGCUGACAUUUUUUGUUUCAGUUAUUUCAAUUGUGAAAAAAUUUGAAAUUUUUUCAAAUAAAAUUAUACUUUAUUGUU